AUGGCAGGAACAGGCUCCAUGCUCUGCGUGAUUCUCAUCACCAUAUUCAUCCCUCCCCUCGGAGUCUUCCUCAUAUCCGGCUGCAGCGCCGACCUUCUCAUCAACAUUUUACUCACUUGUCUUGGCUACUUCCCAGGCCACAUCCACGCAUUCUAUCUCGAAUACGUAUACUACCAGAACCGCAGAACCCCAAUGUACGGCACGUAUCAGCCUGCGCCGGGCGUGUACUCCGAUCGCAUCAAGAAUGGUCCGAACCAGGAUGUGAACUAUGGGACGGUUCCGCGGUAUUAG